AAGAAACGAGGGAGGGGGCUACAAGGAGUUAAUUACGACGGGGGGAGGAUUUACAUUACACUAUUAUAUGCACGUUUUUAAGAAAAAUGCUUAUAACUUAAUUUGUUUUAGUUACAUGAUUGCUUGAUUUUUUUUAAAAAAAGGCCCUCGGUGAAAUUAUAAGGCAGGCUGCAACAUCUCUCCGUGGUGUUUGGAUCUCGGCAGGCGUGGAAAGGGAAGAAGUGCGUUGUUGUUGGUUGACACUCGCCGUCAUCGUUAUCCGGCCUACUGUGAGGCGAAGCCGGGAGCUGGAGUUUGCAGAAAGGGGGACUCGCCAUGGCAGUAAACCUGGACAAGGAGGCUUACUACCGCCGAAUCAAGAGACUAUACAGCAACUGGAAGAAAGCGGAGGAUGAGUUCGGUAAGGUCGACGCCAUCGUGGUUUCUGUGGGAGUUGACGAGGAAAUUGUGUACGCCAAGUCCACAGCCAUACAGACCUGGCUGUUUGGCUACGAGUUGACCGACACCAUCAUGGUGUUUUGCGAAAGCAAAAUAAUUUUCCUGGCCAGCAAGAAGAAAGUGGAUUUCCUCAAGCAGGUGGCAAUAACUAAAGGCAACGAGAACGCUAACGGAGUGCCGCCCAUCACGCUACUCACCAGAGAAAAGAACGAAAGCAACAAGGCUAACUUUGACAAGAUGAUCGAAGCCAUCAAGGGCAGCAAGGAGGGAAAGACGAUAGGCGUCUUCAGCAAGGACAAGUUCCCCGGGGACUACAUGAAGAGCUGGAACAACACGCUCAGCGCAGAGGGGCUGGACCGGGUGGACAUCAGCGCUGUGGUCGCCUACACGAUGGCGGUGAAGGAGGACGGAGAGCUCAACCUGAUGAAGAAGGCGGCGGCCAUCACCGGAGAGGUUUACUCCAAGUUCUUCAAGGAGCGGGUCAUGGAGAUCGUCGACGCAGAUGAGAAAGUGCGUCACAGCAAAUUAGCCGAGUCUGUGGAGAAAGCUAUAGAGGAGAAGAAGUACCUGGGUGGGGCCGACCCGUCCACAGUGGAGAUGUGCUACCCUCCCAUCAUCCAGAGUGGCGGCAACUACAGCUUGAAGUUCAGCGUCGUCAGCGACAAAAACCACAUGCACUUCGGUGCCAUCACGUGCGCCAUGGGGAUCCGCUACAAGUCCUACUGCUCCAACCUGGUGCGCACGCUCAUGGUGGACCCCACUCAGGAGAUGCAGGACAACUACAACUUCCUGCUGCAGGUGGAGGAGGAGCUGCUGAAGGAGCUCAAGCACGGCGUGAAAAUCUGCGACGCCUACAGCGCCGUCAUGGAGUACGUGAAGAAAGAGAAGCCGGACCUCGUGGCGAAGCUGACGAAGAACCUGGGCUUUGCCAUGGGCAUCGAGUUCAGAGAAGGCUCUCUGGUGUUGAACGCCAAGAACCAGUACAAACUGAAAAAAGGGAUGGUGCUGAGCAUCAGCCUGGGCCUCUCCGACCUCAUCAACAAAGACGCCAAGAAGGAGGAGCAGAAGUACGCCUUGUUCCUCGGCGACACAGUUCAAAUCAAUGAGGAAGAGGCCGCCACGAUUCUCACUCCUGUCAAGAAGAAGAUCAAGAACGUGGCCAUCUUCUUGAAGAAUGACGAUGAAGAAGACGAGGAGGAGGAAGGCGAUGACGCGGAGGAGCUGCUGGGGAAGGGAGCCCGGAGCGCCGCCCUGCUGGCAGACAGAACCAGAAACGAGAUGACGGCGGAGGAGAAGAGGCGCGCUCACCAGAAGGAGCUGGCCAACAACCUGAACGAGGAGGCCAAGCGGCGCCUGACGGAGCAGAAAGGAGAGCAGCACAUCCAGAAAGCCAGAAAAUCAAACGUGUCGUACAAGAACGUCUCUCAGAUGCCCAAAGAAAAGGAAAUCAGGGAAAUGAAGAUUCACAUCGACAAGAAAUACGAGACGGUUAUCAUGCCUGUUUUUGGCAUCGCCACGCCGUUUCACAUCGCCACCAUUAAGAACAUUAGCAUGUCUGUAGAGGGCGACUACACCUACCUGAGAAUCAACUUCUACGUCCCCGGCAGCUCUCUGGGACGACAGGAGGGAAACAUCUUCCCCAAUCCCGACGCCACGUUUGUCAAAGAAAUCACGUACCGGGCGUCCAACCUGAAGGCCCCCGGCGACACGUCGGUGCCGUCCACCAACCUGCAGAACGCCUUCCGGAUCAUCAAGGAGGUCCAGAAGCGCUACAAGACGCGGGAGGCCGAGGAGAAGGAGAAGGAGGGCAUCGUGAAGCAGGACUCGCUGGUCAUCAACCUGAACCGCAGCAACCCCAAGCUCAAAGACCUCUACAUCCGGCCCAACAUCGCCCAGAAGAGGAUGCAGGGCUCGCUGGAGGCGCACACCAACGGUUUCCGUUUCACGUCGGUUCGCGGUGAUAAAGUGGACAUUCUUUACAACAACAUUAAACACGCCAUCUUCCAGCCGUGCGACGGGGAGAUGAUCAUCGUCCUACACUUCCACCUAAAGAACGCCAUCAUGUUCGGCAAGAGGCGCCACACGGACGUGCAGUUCUACACCGAGGUCGGGGAGAUCACCACGGACCUGGGCAAACACCAACACAUGCACGACAGAGACGACCUGUACGCCGAGCAGAUGGAGCGCGAGAUGAGGCACAAGCUCAAGUCGGCGUUCAAGAACUUCAUCGAGAAGGUGGAGACGCUGACGAAGGAGGAGCUGGAGUUCGAGGUUCCCUUCAGGGACCUGGGGUUCCAGGGCGCCCCCUACAGGAGUACUUGCUUAUUACAGCCAACAUCCAGUUCCCUCAUCAACGUUACAGAAUGGCCGCCAUUCGUGGUGACUCUCGACGAGGUGGAGUUGGUCCAUUUCGAGCGCGUUCAGUUCCACCUCAAGAACUUCGACGUGGUCAUCGUCUACAAGGACUACAGCAAAAAGGUCACCAUGAUCAACGCAGUGCCCGUCAACUCCCUGGACCCAAUCAAAGAGUGGCUCAACUCAUGUGACAUCAAGUACACAGAAGGAGUCCAGUCUUUGAACUGGACCAAGAUCAUGAAGACCAUUGUUGACGAUCCAGAGGGUUUCUUCGAGCAGGGAGGCUGGUCGUUCUUAGACCCAGAGAGCGAGGGAAGCGGCGCAGAGGAAGACUCUGAGUCCGAGAUGGAGGACGAAACAUUCAACCCGUCCGGCGACGAAGAGGAGGAGGAAGAGGAAGACAGCGACGAAGACUACAGCUCGGAGACGGAAGACUCUGAUUACAGCGCUUCACUGGGCAGCGAGGAGGAGAGCGGCAAAGACUGGGACGAGCUGGAGGAGGAGGCCAGGAAAGCUGACAAAGAGAGCCACUAUGAAGACGAGGACACCUCCAACAGGAAGAGGAAGGUGCGCUCAUCGGCCCCUCCCAGUAAAAAGAAGCGGCGGUCCUAAACUGACUCAAACACACACUCACACACACACUGCCAAACCCAUUUUACCCUCCUGCCUUUUUCCUUCUAUCCCCUCUGUGGCUAUAUUUCUUUUUUUUUUUUUUUUUUUUCAAAAUCACACACACACACAUUUUCAGACAAACAAUCUGUACAUAGACGUAGACGGUCUCCCCCCAUUUUUCUUCGUCCCUUUUUUUUGGGGGGGGUCUGUGAAGUUUCUCGUGACGACAAAAGAACCAGCAGUCACACUUCAUUCAGCAGCUUUUCAUCAUGUUCAUUCCCAACUUGCACUGUUCUUCAGCCAGCUACUGUUUUGUUUUGUUUUUGUGUGUGUGUGUGUGUUCAUGGGUUUUUAUUGCAAGUUGUUUUCUGUUUAAGAUAAAAAUGGUUUCUUAAUAUGAUGGAUAAUAAAAGAUCAUCCCCUCUGCAAAGUGUUUUUAUAUCAAAACUGAGAAACCUGUGAUUCUUCAUCUCAAGUUUUUUUUGUCUUUAUUAAAAUGUGAUGACAAGCAGGAGUGUUCACCUUUCCUGAUUGUUUUUGUUUUUCUAAUAAACUUUGUAAAGCCCAUUGGAUCACACACACACACACACACACACACACACCAUCCUCCUCACACUUGUCCUACGUCUCCCUUUUUGUUGUAUCACAAUAGAUGUACUGUUGAUUCUGAAAAUCUGUUUUUUGUUUUUGUAAUAAAAUUAAAAGAAACUGUA